CCCGCAGCCCUCCCCCGGCCAUCCCGGCCCGGCCCGGCCCCCGGGGAGCGCGGGGCAGCGCCCGGGGGCGGCGGCGGCAUCACCAUGGGCCGGCCGGGCAGGGUGCUGCGGCUGCUGGCGCUGCUGGAGCUGCCCUGCUGCCUGCUGGAGCUGCUGCUCGGGGAGGCGGCCCGCGGGCAGGAGAUGUACGCGCCCCACUCCAUCCGCCUGGAGGGGGACAUCACCCUGGGCGGCCUCUUCCCCGUGCACGCCAAGGGCCCCCUGGGCUCCCCCUGCGGGGACAUCAAGAAGGAGAACGGCAUCCACAGGCUGGAGGCGAUGCUCUACGCCCUGGACCAGAUCAACAGCGACCCGGACCUGCUGCCCAACGUGACACUGGGCGCCCGCAUCCUGGACACCUGCUCCCGGGACACCUACGCGCUGGAGCAGUCGCUCACCUUCGUCCAGGCGCUCAUCCAGAAGGACACCUCCGACGUGAGGUGCACCAACGGCGAGCCGCCCGUCUUCGUCAAGCCGGAGAAAGUAGUUGGGGUGAUCGGGGCGUCGGGAAGUUCCGUGUCCAUUAUGGUGGCCAACAUCCUCCGGCUGUUCCAGAUCCCACAAAUCAGUUAUGCCUCAACUGCACCCGAGUUGAGCGAUGACAGGCGCUAUGAUUUCUUCUCACGGGUGGUUCCUCCAGAUUCCUUCCAAGCACAAGCAAUGGUGGACAUUGUGAAAGCUUUGGGAUGGAAUUAUGUAUCCACUUUGGCAUCUGAAGGGAAUUAUGGAGAAAAAGGAGUCGAGUCCUUCAUGCAAAUUUCCAGAGAGGCAGGCGGGCUCUGCAUCGCCCAGUCCCUGAAGAUCCCCCAGGAGCGCAAGGACAAGAGCAUCGACUUCGACAGGAUCAUCCGGCAGCUGCUGGAGACGCCCAACGCCAGGGCCAUCGUCACCUUCGCCCACGACGAGGACAUCAGGCAGGUCCUGGCAGCUGCCAAGAGGGCAGACCAGGUGGGCCAUUUCCUGUGGGUGGGCUCGGACACCUGGGGCUCCAAGGUGAGCCCGCUGCUGCAGCAGGAGGACGUGGCCGAGGGAGCCAUCACCAUCCUGCCCAAGAGAGCCACCAUCGAGGGCUUUGACACCUACUUCACCUCCCGCACCCUGGAGAACAACAGGAGGAACGUGUGGUUUGCAGAGUACUGGGAGGAGAACUUCAACUGCAAGCUGACCAUCACUGGCUCCAAGAAGGAGGACACGGACAGGAAAUGCACAGGGCAGGAGCGCAUCGGGAAGGACUCUCCGUACGAGCAGGAGGGCAAGGUGCAGUUCGUGAUCGAUGCCGUGUACGCCAUGGCGCACGCCCUGCACCAGAUGAGCCGCGAGCUGUGCGCCGACAGCGCCGGGCUGUGCCCCGAGAUGGAGCGGGCGGGCGGCAGGAGGCUGCUCAAGUACAUCCGCAGCGUCAACUUCAACGGCAGUGCUGGCACCCCAGUGAUGUUCAACAGGAACGGGGACGCCCCGGGGCGCUACGACAUCUUCCAGUUCCACAGCAGCAACACCAGCUCGCCCGGCUACCGCCUCGUGGGCCAGUGGGCAGACGACCUGCAGCUCAACAUGGAGGAGAUGCAGUGGGGCGGCGGCGUGCGGGCCGUGCCCCCGUCGGUGUGCAGCCAGCCGUGCCGGCCGGGCGAGAGGAAGAAGGUGGUGAAGGGGAUGCCGUGCUGCUGGCACUGCGAGCUGUGCGACGGGUACCAGUACCAGGCCGACGAGGUCACCUGCCUGCUGUGCUCCUACAGCGAGCGCCCCAACGAGAACCGCACCGGCUGCCGCUCCAUCCCCAUCGUCAAGCUGGAGUGGCACUCGCCCUGGGCCGUCAUCCCCGUCUUCCUGGCCAUGCUGGGCAUCGUGGCCACCAUCUUCGUGGUGGCCACCUUCAUCCGCUACAACGACACGCCCAUCGUGCGCGCCUCGGGCCGCGAGCUCAGCUACGUGCUGCUCACCGGCAUCUUCCUGUGCUACAUCAUCACCUUCCUGAUGAUCGCCAAGCCCGACGUGGCCGUCUGCUCCUUCCGCCGCGUCUUCCUGGGGCUGGGCAUGUGCAUCAGCUACGCCGCGCUGCUCACCAAGACCAACCGCAUCUACCGCAUCUUCGAGCAGGGCAAGAAGUCGGUGACGGCGCCGCGGCUCAUCAGCCCCACCUCGCAGCUGGCCAUCGCCUCCAGCCUCAUCUCCGUCCAGCUGCUCGGCGUCUUCGUCUGGUUCGCCGUCGACCCGCCCAACAUCAUCGUGGAUUACGAUGAGCAGAAAACCAUGAACCCCGAGCAGGCCCGAGGGGUUCUCAAAUGCGACAUUACGGAUCUACAAAUCAUUUGUUCCUUGGGCUAUAGCAUUCUGCUCAUGGUGACGUGCACUGUCUAUGCCAUCAAGACUCGGGGGGUCCCAGAGAAUUUUAAUGAAGCCAAACCCAUUGGAUUCACUAUGUACACUACCUGUAUAGUAUGGCUUGCCUUCAUUCCAAUAUUUUUUGGCACUGCCCAGUCAGCAGAAAAGCUCUACAUCCAGACCACCACGCUGACCAUCUCCAUGAACCUGAGCGCGUCGGUGGCGCUGGGGAUGCUCUACAUGCCCAAGGUUUACAUCAUCAUCUUCCACCCGGAGCUCAACGUGCAGAAGCGCAAGCGCAGCUUCAAGGCCGUGGUGACGGCAGCCACCAUGUCCUCGCGCCUGUCGCACAAGGCCAGCGAGCGGCCCAACGGCGAGGCCAGGACCGAGCUGUGCGAGAGCCUGGACCCCAGCAGCCCUGCUGCCAAGAAGAAGUACGUGAGCUACAACAACCUGGUGAUCUAGGCCCGGCUGCCAUGGGGCUGAGCUCGCACACGCGGUCCCGGGAGUGGCAGGAGAGCCCCGGCUCCAGACUGAUCCCUGACCUGGGAUCCCUCCAUGGGAGAGCCCUGCUCCAGGCUGAUCCCUGACCUGGGAUCCCUCCAUCGGGCACAGCUCCAGGCGGAUCCCUGAUUUGGGAUCCCUCCAUUAGAGAGCUCUGGCUCCAGGCUGAUCCUUGAUCUGGGAUCCCUCCAUCCGGCCUGGCCUUGCAGCGCUCCGGCCUUGUGGCACUCCGGCCUUGUGGCGCUCCAGCCUUGUGGCUCUCCAGCCUUGCAGAGCUCCAGCCUUGUGGCACUACGGCCUUUCAGAGCUCCAGCCUUGUGGCGCUCUGGCCUUGCGGCACUACGGCCUUUCAGAGCUCAGGCCUUGUGGCGCUCAGGCCUUGCAGCGUUCUGGCCUUGCAGCGCUCAGGCCUUGCAGCGUUCUGGCCUUGCGGCGCUCAGGCCUUGUGGCACUCGGGCCUUGCAGCGUUCUGGCCUUGCAGCGCUCAGGCCUUGCAGCGCUCCGGCCUUGCGGCCCUCAGGCCUUGGGCGCUCGGGCCUUGCAGAGCUCCGGCCUUGUGGCGCUCGGGCCUUGCAGCGUUCUGGCCUUGCAGAGCUCAGGCCUUGUGGUGCUCGGGCCUUGGGCGCUCAGGCCUUGCAGAGCUCCGGCCUUGCGGCGCUCAGGCCUUGCAGAGCUCUGGCCUUGCAGCGCUCCAACCUUGUGGCGCUCAGGCCUUGCUCCGCCAUGGCGGCGCCUCAGGAGCGGCUCCCCGGCCUGGCUGCGCUCGCUGCUCUGGACUCAAAGGGGCUAACUCUUUUAUGUACUUCCAGACUGCAGGUUUUUGAACUCUCUGUACAGUUUGUGAGGAUUUUUGCAUAUUGCCAUCCGUGGUGUUCCCAGGCCGCUGUUCUGGAUGCACGGUCUCAUUGAGGCCCUGUGCUCUUGGCACUUCUCAAACCGACCGGCAGCUGAGGAUCUGAGACCUGUCCACAUGACUUGUACUAUUACUCUUCUAUCACUGCAAUCCAUAUACCUUAUUUUUUUUAACUAAACAAACAAACAAACAAAAAAAAAAAUUUAAAGACCAAAAACUGUGCUGGCGAAGUUUGUCCCCCCCCUUUCACACCUCCAAUGGGCUGCAGAGGAAGCAGGAAGGAUUUUUGCUGAGUUUUAGUAGAGGUCUUGAUCUUUGGAAUGCAUGCCAGUAAUGUAUUUUAUGGUACAUGUUAAUAAUUUAUGUUUGAUAUUUGUAUUUGUGUUCUAUUUUGUUCUUUUAUUUAAGGUAUAUGACUAUUUUGCAAUAAUUUCAAUGAUUCUUAUGAUAUUUGGAGGAAAGAAUAUGGCUUUUACAUGUCUUGAGGUUUUUCUUUGUUGAUGCCCCACCAUGAUUGACCAGUGUGAUAAGGACUUACAGAAGCAUGUAUGUUUUAUACUGUUUGUAAUAAGUAAUUUCGUUAUUCUUGCUGCUUAUGUGCCAAUUUAGUGAAACCAAUCUUUGCCGCAACCUCCUCCCUCCUUUUCCAUUCUCUCGAUCCUGUGAUAUUAUCCAAGAAUGUAUCAAUAAAAGAUUUUGGGUAACUUUUUUUUAUUUACUCCAAUAAAUAUAUUUUUUCAGUUGUUCCCUCCCCCUU